AACAUGUUUUGUCAUACCAGUGGUAUACGGUCUGAUAUACCACGGCUGUUAGCAAAUCAUCAUUCAGGGCUCGAAUCACCCAGUUUAUAUUACAAAGUAGGUUCAAUAACUUUCAAUAACUUUGAUAAACAACCAAAAAUAAUGACUGAUAAUCAGGUCGAUUGAGAAAGCUAAAGUUUGAUAUGUGUUUUUGGUUUAGUCAAAUUGACCAAGCCUAUUUCAAGCUUAUAUUGUUUUUUAAGCAAGUUAGCUGGCUAACUCGGGGACAUGCUUUGUAGUAUACACCUCUGGUCUGUAGGCUGGCUGCCUUGCACAAUAGUAAACCCCCAUCCAGCUGGCGACGCUGUUGUGCGUUUCCGGGUUCCAGAAGAACCAAGGAGUUUAAAAACGUUCCUCGACUAGAACACGGAAGUAGAAUUGGAGAUGAACGUAAUGAUGAGAUGCUCAUGUCACUCAGUCCAGACAAUGGGAGUCGUUGUCCCAAAAGUGGGAAUGCAGGCGACAAGAUUAGGUUCGAAAUAAACCCAUAGAAACCAUCGGGUUUAUUUUUGGCGAGAGUGGAACCUCUCGCUUCGCCUGAUCCUCUCUGAGGUGACAUUGUUUUGAUAUUGAACGUUAUUUUUGUGGAGUAAAGAAAGACCUAGCUAGCUACUGACUGAACUAAAUAGGCUACCCAACUCCCAGUCGUCUGAAAUAUGUCUAAACUACAGUUGUUUCGUGUGUUUUUAAAUGAGCGCUUAACGACGGCUGCUGUGGAGAUUUUCGGGGCAGUUGAGAAAACGGUAGUGGAGUACCAGGAGGAGAAUGAUCGGCUACGGAGACUGCUGGGAAUCACACCGGAGAUAAAACAAUGUAGAAUAGACUCCCUGCAACUCUCUGACUCUGAAGAGGAGGUUACCCCUGAGCAGCAGCACUGUGAGCAGGAGUGGAGCCCCAGUCUGGGGCAGGAGGACCCAGAGACCACACAGAUUAAAGAGGAACAGGAGGAAGUCAGGACCAGUCAGGAGGAAGAGCAGCUUCAAGGGCGCUUUGAUACCAAAGACUCCAUAUCCACUACUUCCUGUGUGAAAAGUGAAUGUGAUCAGGAGGACCCAUGUCAAGAAGCCGUACUAGCUGAAUACCCAACUCUCAGUCCACUGAAAACAUCUAAACUACAGUUGUUUCGUGUGUUUUUAAAUGAAUGUUUAACGGCAUCUGCUGCUGUGGAGAUUUUUGGUGCGGUUGAGGAAACUGUAGCAGAGUACCAGGAGGAGAAUGAUCUGCUACGGAGACUGCUGCGGAUCACACCAGAGAUAAAACUAUGUAGAAUAGACUCCCUGCAGCUCUCUGUCUCUGAAGAGGAGGUUCCCUCUGAGGAGCAGCACUGUGAGCAGGAGUGGAGUCACAGUCUGGGGCAGGAGGACCCAGAGACCACACAGAUUAAAGAGGAACAGGAGGAAGUUAGGACCAGUCAGGAGGAAGAGCAGCUUCAAGGGCUCGUUGAUACCAAAGACUCCAUAUUCACUCCUUCCUGUGUAAAAAGUGAACGUGAUCAGGAGGACCCAGUUCAGUCCUUGACUCUUCCCCAAACCCAGACUGUGGAGAACCGAGAGAGAGACUCUAACCCAGUGGAUCUCAAAUCUUUUGUCACUGUGACCCACAUUAAGGGUCUCAACAUUCCCUGUGACCCUCGAGAUUAUCAAAGCAAUGCCUCCAGCCACAGUUCAGCUGUAAGCAGUGACACAGUAGGAUUUGACAACAGUCCACUAUUGGAUCUCAGCCCACCAUUGGGGGAACACUGUUCCAAACCCAGCACCACAGCUAGAAAAACUCAUCACUGCUGUGACUGUGGUGAAGCGUUUGCUCUGAAAGCUGACCUGCAGAGGCAUGUGACUCUCCCCAAGAAGAGAACCAGUGAAUGCAGCUUCUGCAAUAAACACUACAACUCCACCUGUAAACUGAAGGCCCAUGUCCGACUCUGUCAUGGUGGGAAACCCUAUAUCUGCCCUGUUUGUGGCAAGACCUUCAAAUACAAAGGAGGUCUCCCCAGGCACAUGAGGAUUCACAAAGGAGAGAAACCUUUUAGCUGUGGUGACUGUGGGAAAAGCUUCAAUCAGAAGGGGAACCUAACUGAACAUGUACUGAUUCACACAGGAGAGAAACCAUUUAGCUGUGGUGACUGUGGGAAAAGCUUUGGGCUCAAGCGGUACCUAACCAUGCAUAAACUGACUCACACAGGAGAGAAACCAUUUAGCUGUGGAGACUGCGGGAAAAGAUUUAAUCGCAAGGCGGUCUUAACUAUGCAUAUACGUACUCACACAGGAGAAAAACCAUUUAUCUGUGGUGACUGUGGGAAAAGCUUCCGGCAUAAGGGGUGCCUUAAGAUACAUGUACUGACUCACACAGCAGAGAAACGAUUUAGCUGCGGUGACUGUGGGAAAAGCUUCGAUAAGAGGGGGAACCUAAAAGUGCAUUUACGGACUCACACAGGAGAGAAAUCUUUUAGCUGUGGAGACUGUGGGAAAAGCUUCAAUACGAGGGGGAACCUGACCAGGCAUAUACGGACUCACAGCAGAGAUAAUUCCUUUCGCUGUGGUGACUGUGGGGAAAGCUUCGAUGAGAAGGGGCACCUAACUGAACAUAUACGAACUCACACAGGAGAGAAGCCAUACAGGUGUGAUGAUUGUGGGAAAAGCUUCAAUGAGAAGGGGCACCUAAAUGAUCAUAUACGAACUCACACAGGAGAGAAACGAUUUAUCUGUGGUAACUGUGGGAAAAGCUUUAAGCAUAAGGGGUGCCUUAAAAUACAUAUAUUGUCUCACACAGGAGAGAAACCGUAUAGGUGUGGUGACUGUGGCGAAAGCUUCGAUGAGAAGGGGCACCUAAAUGAACAUAUACAGACUCACACAGGAGAGAAACCUUAUAGCUGUGGUGACUGUGGGGAAAGCUUCAAUCAGAAGGUGGACCUAAAGAGGAAUAUACGGAUUCACACAGGAGAGAAAUCAAAUGGCUGCUCAGUCUGUGGUAAAAGAUUCACUCAGAAGUCUCAUCUGCUGAGGCAUGUGGAUAAAGUCCACAAAGGAAGAAAACAGGACAGAAACUGAAAGAGUGAAGAGCAUUAGGACAAAGAGAUUGUUUGUCAGGUAAGUGAAUAAAAAGGCAGGAUGUGGACAAAUCUCUUAGGAAGCAACAGUGAGUUAUGGCCCUCAUCAAAUAUGCAGACGACAUGGCUCUGGUUGCUUGCCUGGAGGUCAAGUCCAUCUCCAGCUACUCCCAGUUCAUUGACUGCCUCUUGACGUGGUUUGACAAUAGCUUCCUUGACCUUAACGUCACCAGGACUAAAAAACUGUGCCUUGGAGGAAAUACAUUUUGGGGAAAACGGAAGCCCUUCUCUCGAGCUUGUCACCAUGGAAGGACGUGGAGCAAGUCACACGUUUUAAAUACUUGGGGACAAUUUUCGACCACAAACUUAGCUUCCAGUAAAACACUGAUCUCAUCUACAAAAAGGCAAGGUAGUUUCUUUCUCUGGUUUCUUUCUCUACUUAAGAAACUAUGACGUUUUAAUGCAAGCAAACACACACUGAUUGUGGUAUACAAAUCCCUGAUUGACUGUUCUCAAUUACAAUUCUGGUACCUCUCAGUGAUGUUUCAGUUUUUGUUUCAUUCGGACAUUUCAUUCUGACAUGUAAAUGUUUAAUGUACUUCAUUCUGACAUGUCGUGGAAUAUUCUAAUCAAGUGAGAGAGACUUUGUCAUUUCUUCAAACAAUCAUCUUUAUUUAACAUCGAUUAAUUAUUGCAAUAAUGAAGCUGGUCGACCCCACACUCUGAAGUGUGUUGCCGAGAGCUUAACCUUACAGAAAGUGCAGAACUCUUUAUAUAAUAGAUCUAAGAAUGCUUUGCCAUGGCUGGUUCCACUACAGAUCAGGGGGCAUUAUAAGCUACCUUGGGUUCAUCUUGUGGUUAUCUGCACCUUGUGGUGUUUUACCCCCCCCCCCCCCAGGAUGAUUAGAAACAAAGAGGGAUUGUUCUACUACUAAGCUAUCUCUAGUAAACCCCAUUUCCUUGACCAUACGGCCAGACUAGCUGCAGGGAGAUAGAGUGGAGACCAUCCCUUUACAAAACACAGCAUUAGUAGAAUAUAAAUGUCUUCUACACCUGCAUUGUAAAUGUGCUUCUACACCUGCAUUGCUUGCUGUUUGGGGUUUUAGGCUGGGUUUCUGUACAGCACUUUGAGAUAUCAGCUGAUGUACGAAGGGCUAUAUAAAUACACUGCUCAAAAAAAUAAAGGGAACACUUAGACAACACAAUGUAACUCCAAGUCAAUCACACUUCUGUGAAAUCAAACUGUCCACUUAGGAAGCAACACUGAUUGACAAUACAUUUCACAUGCUUUUGUGCAAAUGGAAUAGACAAAAGGUGGAAAUUAUAGGCAAUUAGCAAGACACCCCCCAAAACAGGAGUGAUUCUGCAGGUGGUGACCACAGACCACUUCUCAGUUCCUAUGCUUCCUGGCUGAUGUUUUGGUCACUUUUGAAUGCUGGCGGUGCUCUCACUCUAGUGGUAGCAUGAGACGGAGUCUACAACCCACACAAGUGGCUCAGGUAGUGCAGUUCAUUCAGGAUGGCACAUCAAUGCGAACUGUGGCAAAAAGGUUUGCUGUGUCUGUCAGCGUAGUGUCCAGAGCAUGCAGGCGCUACCAGGAGACAGGCCAGUACAUCAGGAGACGUGGAGGAGGCCGUAGGAGGGCAACAACCCAGCAGCAGGACCGGUACCUCCGCCUUAGUGCAAGGAGGUGCACUGCCAGAGCCCUGCAAAAUGACCUCCUCUGACAUGUAUUUUAAUUUUUAUCCCAUUUUCUCCCCAAUUUUCGUGGUAUCCAAUCGCUAGUAAUUACUAUCUUGUCUCAUCGCUACAACUCCCGUACGGGCUCGGGAGAGACGAAGGUCGAAAGCCAUGUGUCCUCCGAAGCACAACCCAACCAAGCCGCACUGUUUCUUAACACAGCGCGCCUCCAACCCGGAAGCCAGCCGCACCAAUGUGUCGGAGGAAACACCGUGCACCUGGCCCCCUUGGUUAGCGCGCACUGCGCCCAGCCCGCCACAGGAGUCGCUGGAGCGCGAUGAGACAAGGAUAUCCCUACCGGCCAAACCCUCCCGAACCCGGACGACGCUAUGCCAAUUGUGCGUCGCCCCACGGACCUCCCGGUCGCGGCCGGCUGCGAUAGAGCCUGGGCGCGAACCCAGAGACUCUGGUGGCGCAGCCGGGAGGCCUUGUAAAUAUUUAUUGUGUUUCAUUCUGACAUGUAAAAAUGUAUUGUGUUUCAUUCUGACAUGUAAAUAUUUAUUGUGUUUCAUUCUGACAUGUAAAUGUUUAUUUCAUUCUGACAUUUAAUUCUGAGAUGUAAAUGUUUAAUGUGUUUCAUUCUGACAUUUCAUUCUGAGAUGUAAAUAUUUAUUGUGUUUUGUUCUGACAUGUAAAUAUUUAUUGUGUUUCAUUCUGACAUUUCAUUCUGACAUGUAAAUAUUUAUUGUGUUUCAUUCUGACAUUUCAUUCUGACAUGUAAAUGUUUAUUUCAUUCUGACAUUUCAUUCUGAGAUGUAAAUAUUUAUUGUGUUUUGUUCUGACAUGUAAAUAUUUAUUGUGUUUCAUUCUGACAUUUCAUUCUGACAUGUAAAUAUUUAUUGUGUUUCAUUCUGACAUUUCAUUCUGACAUGUAAAUGUUUAUUUCAUUCUGACAUUUCAUUCUGAGAUGUAAAUGUUUAUUGUGUUUUGUUCUGACAUGUAAAUAUUUAUUGUGUUUCAUUCUGACAUUUCAUUCUGACAUGUAAAUAUUUAUUGUGUUUCAUUCUGACAUUUCAUUCUGACAUGUAAAUAUUUAUUGUGUUUCAUUCUGACAUGUAAAUGUUUAUUUCAUUCUGACAUUUCAUUCUGACAUGUAAAUGUUUAUUGUGUUUCAUUCUGACAUGUAAAUGUUUAUUUCAUUCUGACAUUUCAUUCUGAGAUGUAAAUGUUUAAUGUGUUUGAUGUGUAUGUUUUAUCCCUGUUUUUUAAUCCUUUUAUUGUAACUCUGACCGUCAAUGACACAUUUUCAUUCUGUUUAAACGUAAUGGACAAUAAAGUUUGUCUUAUCUGCUUAUCUUA